AUGCUCUCUUUGCACUUGCUAGUCCUUCUGCUCUGCUUCAUGGGGGCUGAAGAUUUCCCUACCAUUGAUGAGGCGGAACUGAUUACCCACGAACUUAUCAAUCCGUUCACUCCCUACUUUCGAGAUCCCAAAUAUCAUGGUAAAAUAAGGUUCUCAACCUGGCAGGAUGCCCUGUUUGGUAAUUACGAAAAAUUGAAGUCGAAAUUCGCUCGCAACUGCAGCCACAUCCUUGGAAAUCUCAUCGUUUCUGAAAUACGACCUAAUGAGGACGUCGAGUUCCUAAACACUAUUGAGGAAGUCUCGGGUUACGUUUUCAUUCGUCGUGUAACGAAGCCGCAUUUCGGAUUACCGAAUUUACGAAUAAUUCGCGGUGAAGAGUCGGUUCAGAUACGCGGCCAGGCCUUCACCCUUCUUGUGACGGAAACUUAUACUUCCGAUCGGGACUUCAUGUCAGAUAUCGAGUUUCCCUCUCUUGAAGCCAUUCUUAUGCAUGGAGUGGGGUUCUUCGAUAAUCCGGGCCUCUGCUACGCACCAUUUUCGGUGAACUGGGAUGAUAUUUUGGAGUAUCCCGAUCUGCAACCAGUGAUGUUGGUUCCCAUGAAUGAUAGAUCCGCAACCUCCCACUGGAUCACGGCUUGUGCCACUCGGUACGGCAAUGCUUCAAAAGUAUCCAUUCUCACCACUACACCCCCGUCUUCUGUGAAUAUGAGUAAUGGAGAGCGGUCUACAGCAAUUCAAAGCUCUCGGCUGCGGCGUAAACCCAAUGAAGAUGUGAUUACAACGGUGGCUUUAGACAACGCUCAACCAUCACAUGCAACGGAACUAAUGACAAAUGGUCAACCGAUCAUUGGGGGCUUCAGUACCCUAGAAAUCAAUCCGAUAGAAGUCGUGUCUACCGAGGUCAUGGACAAUGUAACACAAAAUGAUGAUGAGAAUCCCGAGGUUUCCCUAGGUAAUAAUAAGGAAGUGGACCUAAAGGAAGUUAACACAGUUGUAGUCACGACAGGAACCACUCACCAGGAGCAAAUCUCAACAAGCAUUGCACGAGACUCAGAGAAAAUUUCAAGUGAAUUUGGGGGAAUAUUGACAAACGAAAUGUAUCCUGUUCUUUGGAAUCUCUCCUCAGGAAAUGGACCAUGGAUGAAAUGGAAAUGCCAUGACAACUGCUCCAAGCAAAACGGAAUGUCAUUCUGCUGGGGACCUGGAGCUGACCAGUGUCAAAUACUUAGGAAAUGUCAGACGAGAGUUUGCAGCGGCCCCAACAGAUGUGUCAAAGAGGGAGGUGUAGAGGAGUGCUGCCAUGAUGAAUGUGUCGGUGGGUGUAAUGGAACAAGGGCCAAUGAAUGCUUGGCCUGCAGAAGAUACUCCCAUGAGGGAAACUGUGUUUCCGCAUGUCCAGCCACACGUUUCUAUGAUGUCCACACAUCGUCUUGGAAAGUAAACAAGGAGGGUAGAGUAGCAUUAGGGCAUAUGUGCGUCUCGAAGUGUCCAGAUGGUUUCCUUCGGGAUGGAGACCACUGUGUGCUGAAAUGUUCUCGCCCUGGAACUCAACAGGUUCACAAUGUGUGUGUUCAGUGCCCACCGACUGGAUGCCCAAAAACGUGCUCAGGCAAGCAGCUCCAGCUACCUUCGGUUGAUUUUCUUCACAAGAGUCUCCUAAGGAAAAUGGUAAAUUGCACCUUCUGGGAAGGUAGUAUCAUCCUCAAAAGGCAGUCGUUCGAAGGGUGA